AUGAGAUUAGAGAAGUGCUUUUUCUGUGGAGGUACUGUGUACCCUGGUCAUGGUAUCAUGUUUGUUAGAAAUGAUGCUAAAGUUUUCCGUUUCUGUAGAUCAAAAUGUCACAAGAACUUCAAGUUGAAGCGUAAUCCACGUAAGACUAGAUGGACUAAAGCAUUCAGAAAGCUUAAUGGAAAGGAAAUGGUCGUUGAUAAAACUUUUGAAUUUGAAAAGAAACGUAAUAGACCAGUUAAAUAUGAUAGAGAUUUGGUUAUGAAUACUAUUAAGGCUAUGAAGGUAGUACAGAGAAUCAAAUCAGCAAGAGAGGAAAGAUUUUAUAAAUUGAGAAUGAAGGGUGUCAAGAGAACCGAAAAGAUGGCAAUGCUCAAGGAGAUCGACGAACACGUCGAUUCAAUCAGAUUGCCAAGCGCACUCGAGAAGAUGCAAAGCAGACUCAAGGCAAACAAAGCCAAACUCGAAGCAAUGCAAGCCACUCGUUCUUAA